AUGGGUUGUUCUUUUUUCGCUUGCUUUGGUUCCUCUAAACGCAAAAAACUCACCCCCAAAGUUCAAGAAAAUGGUAGUAGCGAGCCAGAGCAACAAAGUGUAGUACUACCUUUGGUUCAGGUUCACUCAGAAACCCUUGUUAGCCCUUCACUACUACAACAACAGGAUAAAACUGAAGAGGAAGUAAGUGAUGGCUUAAAAAAGAAAGUAACUUUUGAUUCUAAUGUGAAAACAUAUGAAUCUGUUUUACCUGAGAAGGAUACUGAAGGUGUUUUGUCUGAGAAGGAUACUGAAGGUGGAAAGGAAGAAAGUUUGGCUAAAGCAACUCAAUCAAAGUCAUUUUCUUCUGAAGAUAGUUCUGUGACUUCAACUGGAUCUUACCCUUCUAAUCAUAGGUACCAGAAUUGCAGGGAUAGCGAUGAGGAAGAUGAAGAAAUUGAUGACUGGGUUGAUGAUCUUAGUGAUGAGGAUGAGGAUGAUGGAAUUAGAGAAGAGUGUGAUGAAUUGGGUGUGGAGUUUGAAGAAGAUGAAAUGGCUUAUUCAAAGUCGAGGGUGAUAGAUGAUGUUGAUCAUGUGUUUGCUGAGGAGGUGGAGAGUCCUAUUCCUGUUUGUGAAAAGGAUGUGGAGACUAUUGGAUUCACCCCUAAUGCUAGAGACAGGAGUCUUUAUGUUCAUCCUGUGUUGAACCCAGUUGAAAAUCUCUCUCAGUGGAAAGCUGUUAAGGCUAGAAGGAGACCAACAUUAAGGCCUCAGAAAGAGAAUUAUGUUUGUUCCAACCCUGAAUCACAGGUUGCAUUUGGCGUUAAAGAAGUCUCAGAAUCUGACACACCAAAGAAGUCGAACAAGGAAAUUGCAGUGGAUGCCAGCCUUUCAAAUUGGCUUGGUUCAUCAGAGACUACACCUGUUAAUAAGACUACUUUGUAUGCCGGUGGUAGUUUUGGUUCUCCUGAUAAGAGUGCCUCACAUCAAGGAUCAAAUUGUGUGAUGGGUUCAUCAGAGACUGCUCCUGUUAACAAGGCUUGUUUGUAUGCUGGUGGUAGUUUUGGUACUCCUGAUAGGAGCGGCUCACAUCAAGGAUCGAAUUCUGUGAUGAGCCUUGAAGAUAGGCCUAUUUUAGGUGCUUUAACGGAGGAAGAGAUUAAGCAAUUCUCCGCCACUCCGUCCCCGAGAAAGUCACCUUGUCGUAGUCCAGAUGAUAUGCCGAUUAUAGGAACAGUUGGGUCCUAUUGGCAUUUUACUGAGGAUUCUGGUUCAGCUUCAUCCUUUAAAGGAAUUCCAAACACAACUAGCAAGUACAGAGAGGAUAGGAAGGUGAAUUGGCACACAACUCCAUUUGAGACAAGGCUAGAGAAAGCAAUGAAUAGAGGUGAUGCAGAAGCUGCUUCUACUUGUGUUCCCUGUGUAGCUUAG